GGUCGUGGAGAGCCGACGGGAAAGAUAACAAAACCCUCUUGUCAUAGUGUUUGUUUCAAGCCGGAGUCAUACACCGCUUUGCUUUUAUUCCACUUCCAUCUUCUUUCUUCCCUAUCUUCCUCUUUGCUUGUUGUGAAGUUGUUGUUUGUUUGUCUCCGAGAUCGUCGCCGUCAACCCGCCCCCAGCUAAACGAAACCAACGUGUUGCCCUCUUGUUGUCGCAAAGAGAGCGCACUACACCAAACACUCUUCGACAAAACACCCUCUCGGACCCGACCCAGAACGCAAACCAACAUGUCCGCCUCCCUGCCCGGCGCGCGCGCGCUUCCCGACUCGCAGUAUGACUUGAGCACCUACUGGGGCCGCGUCAGGCAUACCGCUGGCCUUACCGAUCCGAGGACGCUUCUCGUUGGCAAUGCCGGUCUCGAGCAAGCCAAGCAGCUCCUCGUCUCCUACAAGCAGGGACAGAUGAAGUCCAUGACGCCCGAGUUGUGGCAGGCCAAGAAGCUCGUCGACUCUACUCUCCAUCCCGACACCGGAGAAAAAGUCUUCCUUCCCUUCCGCAUGUCCUGCUUCGUCCUUUCCAACUUGGUCGUAACAGCUGGCAUGUUGACACCCGGCCUUGGUAACCGUGGCACCAUCGCCUGGCAAGUAGCCAACCAGUCCCUUAACGUUGCCAUCAACUACUCCAACGCCAACAAGUCUUCUCCCCUGAGCUGGUCCAAGAUCGCUCAGUCCUACUUCCUCGCCGUUGGCGCCUCCUGCGGCGUGGCCGUCGGUCUCAACAGCGUUGUCCCGCGCCUCAAGUCUUUGGCGCCUUCGACCCGGUUGAUCCUCAGCCGUCUGGUUCCCUUCGCCGCCGUCGCCUCGGCCGGUGCCCUCAACGUCUUCCUCAUGCGCGGCGAGGAAAUGCGCACGGGCAUCGACGUGUACCCAGUUCUCUCGGCCGCCGACAAGGCUAAGCUCGUUGCGGAGGGCAAGGGCGAAGGAGACGUGGAGAGCCUGGGCAAGAGCAAGAAGGCGGCCACCAUUGCCGUGGCGGAGACGGCCGUCAGCAGAGUGCUCAACAGCAGUCCCAUCAUGGUCAUCCCCCCUCUUGUGCUGGUUAGGCUCCAGGCUACCCAGUGGUUGAAGAGGCACCCGAGGUACACGACCCCGAUCAAUCUCGGUCUGAUCUUGGUGACCAGCUAUGCCGUGUUGCCGUUGGCCCUGGCGGCGUUCCCCCAGAUGCAGAAGAUCGAGGCGGACAAGUUGGAGGGAGAGUUCAAGGGUCGUGGCGGUCAGGAGGGCUUGGUUGUUUUCAACCGUGGUAUCUAAAAGGGGGAAAGAAGAGGAUCGGGUUCUGUUGAGAUGGGUUAGGUCCUUCUGUCUCGAGGAUGGAGGACUGUGGAGGAGUGUACAUACAAUGGGCGGCAUAGCCUUGGAGUUUUCUUGUUCACAUGGCGAAGGCGGCGGCGGCGGCGAUAUCCCAAAAAGCUGUGUUUUUUUUAGUCAUUUCUUCUUUCUGCUCUUUUGCCUCUGCCCUUCUCAUCCUCUUGGUUGGGUUGGCUCCCUCGUUUGC